UCUAAGUUUACACAGUACACUCAAGUGGAGCAGUCAGCAGUGUCUUUAUAGCAUAUGAGCUUAAAGCUUUGGUCUUUCUCUUUGCCUUUGAGUGUUUCUCUUUGUCAAAGCUUUCACAUUUCACUACUUCUUUGAGCUCAACUCAGCUGAAUGCUUAGUUAGAUCCAGGUGGUUGAUGAAAGAAGUUCGUCAUUGAUCAGAGAAUGUUGAAUAUAUAAAAGAAAUGUAUGUAUGCUGCAAAUGUAACAACCGGCUUGUACUGAAUUUCUAUGGUAUUUAGACUUUGAUUCAUGGAAGAAAUACAGUCUCAAUCGGAUGCAUAUCGGUCUUCUUCAUCAUCGGCAAGUAGCCCGGCCAGUAGGGUGCCAUCAAGUCACUUCUUCUACCUUAGAAAACCGGGUUCUCUUCGACAACCAAUCUCAUUUGAGGACUCGCCUGAAUGGGAAGACACUGAUGUUGAAGCUAGAGGUGAUGAAGGAGGAGGAGACACUAUCAAUGUUGCAACCCCGGCUUCACCUUCGCUUUCUAAGCUCAACAGUGGUUCCUUGGCAUCUCCAUAUGGUUCAUAUAUAUUGGAGGGUGCAGUUCUUCCUCAUAAGAUUGUUGGCGCUUCUGUUGUGUGGAGAGAUUUGACUGUUACCAUAAAGGGAAAAAGGAAGUACUCUGAUAAUGUUAUUAAGAGUUCAACCGGUUAUGCCUUACCUGGUACAAUGACUGUGAUUAUGGGACCUGCUAAAUCAGGGAAAUCGACGUUGUUACGCGCCAUUGCAGGAAGAUUGCAUCCUUCAACCAGGACUUAUGGUGAAGUGUUUGUGAAUGGGGCGAAAUCACACUUGUCCUAUGGAUCAUAUGGUUUUGUGGAGAGAAAAACCAAUCUGAUUGGAUCACUCACUGUGAGAGAGUUUCUGUACUAUUCAGCUCUGCUUCAACUCCCAGGAUUCUUAUUUCAGAAAAAGAAUGUGGUAGAGGAAGCUAUCCAAGCAAUGUCUUUAGUUGACUAUGCAAAUACACUUAUUGGUGGACAUUGUUAUUCAAAGGGCCUCUCCGGGGGCGAGAGAAGACGUGUUAGCAUUGCGAGGGAGCUUGUGAUGAAACCACAAAUCCUGUUUAUAGAUGAACCUCUUUAUUGUCUGGACAGUGUCUCAGCACUUUUGAUGAUGGUUACAUUGAAGAAACUUGCAAGCAGUGGCUGCACUCUUAUUUUUACUAUUUACCAGAGCAGCACAGAAGUCUUUGGCCUUUUUGAUCGAAUAUGCCUUCUUUCGAAUGGAAAUACUUUGUUCUUUGGAGAAACAUUAGCUUGCUUGCAGCACUUCUCAAAUGCUGGAUUUCCCUGCCCUAUCAUGCAAAGUCCUUCCGAUCACUUUCUUCGAGCAAUCAAUACAGAUUUUGACAGGAUAAUUGCGAUGUGUAAAAACUGGCAGGAUGAUAAUGGAGACUUUUCUUCGGUCAACAUGGACACAGCAGUGGCUAUUUGCACACUUGAAGCAACAUAUAAAUCAUCAGCAGAUGCAGCUGCUGUUGAAAAUAUGGUUAUGAAACUCACAGAGAAGGAAGGUCCAUCUCUGAAAUACAAAGGCAAAGCUAGUGCUGCUACUCGCAUAGCAGUCUUGACAUGGAGGUCUUUAUUGGUUAUGUCAAGGGAGUGGAAAUAUUACUGGAUCCGUCUGGUUCUCUGUAUGCUUCUUACACUUUGCAUUGGUACUAUAUUUUCCGGCUUGGGGCACUCGCUUUCUUCAGUUGGGACUAGAGUUACAGCAAUUUUUGUAUUUGUAUCAUUCUAUUCGCUUCUAAGUAUUGCUGGCGUGCCUGGACUUAUUAAAGAAAUCAAGAUGUAUGAAUGUGAAGAAUCUAACCAGCAUUCAAGUGCACUAGUAUUUUUACUUGGACAAUUCUUGUCCAGCAUGCCAUUCCUUUUCCUCAUCUCCAUUUCAUCAAGUCUAGUUUUCUACUUCCUAGUAGGGCUGAGAGAUGAAUUCAACUUCUUAAUGUACUUUGUGCUCAACAUUUUCAUGUCUCUUUUAGCAAGUGAAGCACUUAUGCUACUUGUUGCUACUUUAUGGCAAGAUAUCUUCUGGAGUUUCUUAACAACUUUGUGCAUUCAGGUAGUGAUGAUGCUUUCCGCCGGCUAUCUUAGAAUCCGAAAUGAUUUGCCUGGACCAGUGUGGAUAUAUCCAAUGUCAUAUAUAUCCUUUCAUACAUACUCUAUUCAGGGUCUAUUGGAGAAUGAGUACCUAGGAAGCACCUUUUCAAUUGGGGAGGUGAGGACCAUAUCAGGAUUUCAAGCUCUCCAAAACAUCUAUGACAUCUCUUCUGACACCAAUUCAAAGUGGUCAAAUUUGCUGGUUUUGUUUCUCAUGGCAGUUGUUUAUCGUUUUCUUGUGUUCAUUUUAUUAUGCAGAAAAUCAUCUCUGCUUAUUAGUUGUAGGUGUCAAAGAGUAGGUACAGACUUUACUAGUUGAUUUGGCUUACUUGCAUAGUUGCAUUGUACAAUUAAAUUCUUUUUUAUCUAUUUUGCAUUUCCUAUAUCAGUUUUGAGUU